ACUUUCUCAUUUGUAUAUAAAGCCCACCCAACCAAUCCCACAUUCUACAUUCCAUUCAAAACCAUUUUCUCUUUUUUCCUUCUCUCUCUCUUUGAAUUUUUUUUUGAUUCUCUCUCUGUCUCUCUCUCUCUUUUUUGUCUCUCUGUGUUUGAAAAUGGUGGCAGCAGCAGCAAAGCUCUCUCUGCUUUUAUGUGCAGUGGUGGCAAUAUUCUCGGCCGUUGAUUAUGCAGAGUGUGGAUCCGCUCCGGCACCGGCCGUAGACUGCUCCAGCUUGAUCUUGAGCAUGGCGGACUGCUUGUCGUUCGUUUCGAACGGAAGCACCGUCACGAAACCGGAGGGGACUUGCUGUGCGGGUCUCAAGACCGUCUUGAAAGCUGACGCUGCUUGUCUCUGUGAGGCUUUCAAGAGCAGCGCUCAACUCGGCGUCGUUUUGAAUGUCACCAAGGCUUCCACUCUUCCCGCUGCUUGCAAAGUCUCUGCUCCUUCCGUUUCUAACUGUGAAUUGGACUCUACUUCUCCUUCUGGUGCUCCUGCUCAAUCCCCCGCUGGAUCCGAAGCCAGUCCAUCCACUGCUGCCGCACCUGAGCUGGGUGCAGGUGCCAGUGAGCAAGCACCGGCCCCUGCUCCAGGGAGCUCUGGUUCAUCCACACUGCCCAUCUCAGUCGGAUCUUUACUUAUUGGCCUUGUAAUUGCAACAUCAUCAUCUUGGUUCUGAAAGGAAUUGUUGUCAUUUUGAGUGGCAAAGGAGGAUAUGAUGAUGUGAGAGAACAUAUGUCAUUUUUACUGUUAUUAACAUUUUGGUGUGGUCUUACACCAGUUGUUCAUCAUGUUGCGCGACUAUAGUAGGUUACAUCCAUUUUGUGUGACACUUUCUGAGAGAGUUGGAAUAUCCUUUUUACUAAUGGUACUAGUUUACCUUUUCUUAAAA